AUCACUGCUUAGAGUUCGCCGCAAGGGGUCGCAUGCGUUCCGCGGAUAAGAGCGUCUGCUUGCCUCUCUGUGCUGCUGCUGUGUGGCUGGUUGAGAAAUAAUAACGUCAAGACUGCUGGGUGUAAUUAUAGAGCACAGCCUUGAGAGCAGCACAUGAAUGGCGAAUGAUUCACUGCAUGCAUAUCACAACAUUUGCAUGCAUUAACCCGGAUCGCCCAGCAUAUCCUUGGGCUCACAAAGGUCCUGCCACCGUGUCAACAAGUGCUGAACUCACUCUGAUCACACUCUGCUGCAUUAGUGGUGUCAGGAGGAGGGCCUCAAUUUGUCAGCUUAUCACUUGAUUUCUGUAAAUGUUAACUUCAGCUUCAAGAUCUCCAUUUUUUAUGCGUCUUAAGGGAAACAUUCCGAGCUCACAGGGAGGUAAAGAGAGACAGAAGCAGUGAGUGAGAGGCUGGCCGAACGGACUCUGACAGGCAGGCAAAGAGACCAAUCAGGAGAGAGCCUUCAGUGUAAAUUCCAGCCGCGGGGACGCGGGAGGAGGCGCGAUGCGGAGGAAAAAGCAAAUAGUUGAGUGAGCAGCAUCAGUACAGAGUGAAGAGGACUACAGCAUCAUCAGCACAGCCCGAGUAAAAACAGCGUGAUUCGUUUUUCCUGACUGGGUCCAUGGAUGUGAAGAAGGCGAACUCCUGUCUGCUCGGUGGAUUACAGGCUGAGUGAGGAUGCACAAAACUACUGGAAGCUUCAGGACGCCUCUGAACAACCUGACAGUGGAGCUCCGAAAUAACUGAGCUGAUAAAAAAACAGAACUUCUCCAAAAGACCCAAAUGUCUCUUUUUUAAAGGGACUCCAUUUUCCAGACGCCUUCCCUAUUUUUGGACUUUGACGCACUGUGGAGAGUUUCACUUGCUAGCUAUAGUGGCCGGAGAAUGUUGAGAUUUGUUGUCUUCAGAAGACAGUGAGAUUAAUGCUUUUUGCUGAUGAAUUUAUUUCUUUUUUACCCAAGUGCACUUGUUUUUCCGGUCAUGAUUGUGUUUUUGAUAGCUCUGUGUUUUACGGAUGGAGCGCUCUCUCAGAUCCGCUACUCUGUCCCGGAGGAGGCAGAGCAUGGCACGCUGGUGGGGAACAUCGCUGAAGACCUGGGCCUGGACCUUACCAAACUGGCCUCCCGGCGAUUCCAGGUAGUGCCUAGUUCCAGAACGCCAUAUCUGGAAGUGAACCUUGAGAACGGCGUCCUGUUCGUUAACGAGAAAAUCGAUAGGGAGCAAAUCUGCAAGCAGAGUGCCAGCUGCCAGCUCAACAUGGAGGUGUUCUUGGAGAACCCACUGGAGCUGUUCAGGGUCGAAAUCGAAGUGGUGGACAUUAACGACAACCCACCGAGCUUCCCGGAGACAGACAUCAUAGUGGAAAUCUCAGAGAGCGCAACCCCUGGCACCCGGUUCCCUUUGGAGAGUGCGUUCGACCCGGACGUGGGCUCCAACGCGUUGCGCACAUAUGAUAUCACAACCAACAAUUACUUUUACCUGGACGUGCAGACCCAAACCGACGGAAAUAAAUUUGCAGAACUUGUCCUGGAGAAGCCGCUGGACAGGGAGCAGCAGGCAGCGCACAGGUACGUGCUCACUGCGGUGGACGGCGGACAGCCUCCUCGGACUGGCACCGCGCUGCUGGUAGUCAAAGUGUUGGACUCUAACGAUAAUGUGCCCGUGUUUGAGCAGCCCGUCUACACGGUGAGUCUCUCGGAGAAUGUACCGGUGGGCACACUGGUCAUCCAGCUGAACGCCACCGACCUCGAUGAGGGACUGAACGGGGAAAUAGUUUACUCCUUCAGCAACCACAUCUCCAGUCGCGUUAAGGAGCUGUUCGGCAUAGACCCGCGGACCGGGCGCAUCGAAGUCCGCGGGGAGGUGGAUUUCGAAGAGAGCAGCCUCUAUCAGAUCUUUGUCCAGGCUAAGGACCUCGGGCCAAACGCCGUGCCCGCGCACUGUAAAGUGUUGGUCAAAGUGGCGGACGUGAACGACAACGCACCGGAAAUCACCUUCAGCACUGUCACGGAGUCGGUGAGUGAAAAAGCCGCUCCCGGUACCGUCAUUGCCCUGUUGAGUGUGACGGACCGUGACGCAGAGCAGAACGGACAGAUCCAUGUGGAAAUCCUCGGUGAUGUCCCGUUCAAAUUAAAGUCCUCUUUCAGGAAUUACUUCACCAUAGUGACUGAUGGGCUCCUGAACCGGGAGCAGGCAGACUCCUACUCCGUGACCGUGGUGGCGCGGGAUAAAGGAACUCCUUCUCUCGCCUCUAGUAAGUCCAUCCGCGUCCAGGUGUCAGAUGAAAACGACAAUGCGCCCACUUUCACGCAAUCCGUUUAUGAUGUGUAUGUGACAGAGAACAAUGUACCAGGAGCCUACAUCCACGCCGUGACGGCCCUGGACCCUGAUAUAGGGCAGAACGCUCUCAUUACUUACUCCAUCUUAGAGUGCGACAUUCAGGGCAUGUCAGUUAAAACCUAUGUGUCUAUCAACGAGGAGACAGGAUACCUUUACGCACUCAGGUCUUUUGAUUAUGAGCAGCUAAAAGAUUUCACCUUUAUGGUCAGGGCCAAGGACUCCGGUGCCCCUGAGCUUUCCUCUAAUGCAACUGUCAAAGUCAUAAUUGUUGAUCAGAAUGAUAAUGCACCCCUGGUACUUGCUCCCCUGGGGAAAAAUGGGACUGCGAAGGAACCCCUUCCCCGCUCGGCUGAGCCAGGCUACCUGGUGACCCGUGUUGUGGCCAUGGAUGCUGAUGAUGGUGAGAAUGCCCGCCUGUCCUACAGCAUUCAGAGAGGUAACGACAAUGGGAUGUUUAGGAUGGACUGGAGGACUGGUGAACUCAGGACAGCAAGGCGGGUAUCAGCUAAGCGAGACCCUCACCAGCAGUACGACCUGGUGAUUGAGGUGAGAGACCAUGGCCAGCCUCCAUUGUCCUCCAGUGCCAGCAUACUGGUGAUGCUGGUAGACAGCAUGGCUGAAGGCCGGGGUGUGGGAGACAAAGUGGGCACCAGCAAGGCCAAAGAUGGUGCUUUGGACCUCACCCUCAUCCUAAUCAUUGCCCUCGGUUCUGUCUCCUUCAUCUUUCUCCUUGUAAUGAUUGUGCUGGCCGUGCGCUGCCAGAAGGACAAAAAGCUCAACAUUUAUACCUGCCUAACUAGUGACUGCUUUCUUGGAUGCAACUCCUGCUGCUCACGGCAGGGUAGAUCCCGCAAGAAAAAGCUCAGCAAGGCGGACAUCAUGCUUGUGCAAAGCACUGUGAAUGUCAGCGGGCCUGGAACGGCUCAAGUCCCUGUGGAAGAGUCUGGGAGCUUCGGCUCCCACCAUCAAAACCAGAACUAUUGCUAUCAGGUAUGUCUGACUCCAGAGUCUGCCAAAACUGACCUCAUGUUCCUAAAGCCGUGUAGUCCAUCUAGGAGCACAGACACCGAUCACAACCCGUGUGGUGCCAUAGGGUCAGGGUACACAGACCAGCAGCCUGACAUCAUAUCAAACGGCAGCAUUUUAUCAAACGAGACCAAACACCAGCGAACUGAACUCAGCUACCUGGUGGAGAGGCCGAGGCGUGUCAACAGCUCAGCCUUCCAGGAGGCAGACCUGGUCAGCUCUAAAGACAGUGGCCACGGAGAUAGCGAGCAAGGAGACAGUGACCAUGAUGCCACAAAUCGAGGACAUUCCUCUGGUAAGAUCAGUGUGCCUCACCUCUUUUUCUUCAGUCAUUUUAUUUGAAUGUUUUGUGCUGGA